UUAAAAAAGGCACGCCUUAACCGCCAUUAAAAAGCUAAAUAAGCCACGCCUUGACUAAUGACGCAUAUGCCGGAUACGGAACAGAUGUCCUCAGCGAUGCGACACUGACUCUAAAAUGGUGUACGUGUCUAACGGUCAGGUAUUGGACAGUCGGAACCAGUCUCCAUGGAGGUUAUCUUUUUUUAGUGACCUCUUCUGGGGCGCUGUGGAAUUUUUUGGAUUGUUCUUUCAAACACUCUUCCAGCCAGAUCUAUCAAAGAGUAACAACUCUGGCUCAUCUUCAAGGUUCAGUGAUGGCAGAGGCCCACCAGGGUUUCCUGGGGGCCGGAGACGGAUGGGGCGGAUAAACCAUGGUGGGGGUGGACCCAGUGCCCCACCAAUGGGUGGAGGAGGAUGAGGAAGGUAAAUGCCUACACUUUUGUGUAGGCGUUGAGUGCAGCAUGCCGGCUACAAGUGUUGGUGCUGAGGGUCCUGGGUAAUAGGAAACCGCAACACCUGCGCUGAUAUGGACGUGCGUGCAGCCUCAUCCUGAAGCUGCUUCUGCUUCUCGGCAGAUUUCUGAUGCUGCACUGGGAAAUCCUUCUCCAAGGGGCCAGAGCAGCUGAUUAGCAGCAUCUCAUUUCCUCCUCAGUUCUUCUCUUCUCACUCUCUAUCAUAAUUACUUUCUGAAAUCUGUGUUUUAUAUAGUAUAAUAAAAAGGACAUUUGGUUCAUGGA